GCCGGUGUCUGAAACUCAGGCCAGACUGUCUACGUUGUUUAGACGGAAAGAGAUGAAAACAAACGAACGAACGACGACCGGCCACCGACGGCCCAUCCGCAAUCUCCCCGCGUGCAGGUCAUUAAAGCGCAACACCACACUUCCCUUUAAAAAAGCACAAAACCCGAUGAUUCCCCGAUUCCUGUUAGAUAGGAGAAGGUGGAUUUAAACCGAGCUGAAACCGCCGGAUCGUUAAGGUCCAGCGGGUAAUUCGGCGUCCAUAAGAAGCCAGCAAGCGACACCCUUUUAGCUUAAAAUCUGGACUCUCAGAGCCGGACCGCGGCCACGGUCGGAGUUUCGGUCGGGAGAGUAACCCGGAGAAAAGUCUGAAAUCAGGAGUUUUACACGCACGGGACACGCCGCGGGGACGGGGCGUGUGGCGAACCGAUGCGGUCUGAGCCAGGAAGAGGUCUGCGGUAACCAGAGCAGGUUGCGAUGCUGGUGGCGGAAAAUAUUGAGGAGCAUAAAACUAAGUUGAAGUUCUUCAUGCAGAAGUUCUGCAGCAUCAUUAAGACCAUGGAGUCGACACACAAAGAACUGUCCAUUGCCAUACGAGGAUAUGGAUUCUUUGCAGCUCCAUGCAAGAAAGUCUGCCCACAAGAUGUGGACAUGAUGUACACUGAGCUGAUUCAGCGCUGUAAGCAGAUGUACCUGACGGAGUCUGACGGGGAGGACGACAGCUUCUACCAGCUACCCAGCUUCCUGGACUCCAUAGCCAGCGUCCUGAUUCACCUGGACAAGGUUCCAGAAGUGUACACACCGCUCCUGGAGCGCCUCCUUGUGGUGCAGAUUGACAGCUUCCCUCAGUACAGUGAGAGGAUGCAGACUACUUGUUGCAGGUCCAUCUUGAAGGUGCUGGUGGCCAUAGCCUCUAAAGGACCUGUACUGUGGAGUUUCAUUAGCUCUGUGGUUCACCAGGGCCUGAUUCGAGUCUGUUCAAAACCCAUCCUGCUUUCUGAGAACAAAGACAGUGGAAAUGGUCUCUCUCAGUCUUCCCAAGUUCAAGUUGGAAAGUGGAAAGUUCCGUCUAGUCAAGACUACCUUGGACUGUUUAAAGGACUUUUAGACUGUGACUUUUAGCUGCCCUCUGUCACCUUGAAAAUUGCCAAGAGGAUCAAGUAAUACCAGGUAAUAUUGCCACUAGCGCAAAGCUUUUUCUAUGUCAUCCAGUUUGUUGUUUUUCGCCAUCACACUGGAUUCACUGUCAGGGCAUUUGAAUAAUUAUCUGGGCAGGUCAGAACUCGUUUCAACUGUUCUCACAAAAGAAAUGCAUUGGAUUGUGUUUUCAGCUUCUUUUUUUAAAAUUGAAGAAGCGGAGUUGAAAAGAGACCUGGAGGAAAAGUAGUAAUGUCAUGCAGUGCACUCCUCACAUUGAAUAUACUUACACUAAAAACGGUACAAAUUCGCUUCUGAACGGGGAGUUGGCCUCAGAAGCUCUGCGUCCCCCCAGGGUGACACAGUGAAAAGUGCUUGUUUUGCACUCUUCUCAAAGUUUGGAAAAGAGGUAGCUUCUCUCUCGUACUUCCAGGGAAAAACCAGGGAAUGCCAUGUGCAGAGGAUGUGAGUGACGUGUGCUUUCCCACUAGGUGUGUGUGAGAAUGAAGCAGUACAAAGAUGAGCUGCUGUCAUCCUGCUUGACAUUCGUCCUCUCGCUGCACCACAACAUUGUAGCUCUGGACAUCAAGGCCUACUGUCCCGCUCUUGAGGUGGGAUUCUCUUACUUGUUUCGUCGUGUAUUUACGAGCGAGAUGAAGAUGGUUGAACGCAGCGUAAAACAAAAACGUCAGUACAGUAUACAAAUACAGAUGGACAGUGGGUGGUUUACUGCAGUAAUUCCUAAUCAGGGGGUUACUUCUUCAAUUUUCAGGUCAUUUGAUCAAACAGAAAUGACAGUUUAAUUUUUAAAAAAUUGCCUCGUAUUGAAGCAUCAAUAAUCCCCAAACACCAUUUUGUGACUAAGAGUGUGUUUUUUUUUGUUUUUUGUUUUUUUUUAAAGUCAAUAAGCCCAGAGAAAUAGUUAACUAAAAGUAAUGGAUAAGUUGUGGAAAAGCCCAGUUUAAACACUGACAGUUCAAUUGUAAGAAAAAAACGACUUUCAAAACAAGGCAUCAACUUUGAAAUCAUUAGUAACUGAACCAGUUUACAAUCAGCUCAAAUGAACACAUUUGGAACGUGACGGUGACUUGAGUUCUUCUGACAAGGCUAGUGGAGGAUGGUUUAGUGGAUCCAGACUGCGUAGAUUUCAGACAGUUUGCUACUGGACUUCCUAGGCGUGUGUGUGUGUGUGUGUGUGUGUGUGUGUGUGUCCAGUCCCCCUUUAACAACAGGUGCCUGGGGUUUUCAAGUUGAAAGCCCACCACAUUAAAACGACCAACCUCCUGUUAUCCCUUUCAAAAUAAAUUUCCUGGCUAGGAAUUCACAGCAAUCUUUUGUAUGUCAGUGUAUUGGUGUAACUUUGAAAAGCCUUUUGUUCUCUUUGUUUUUUGUUUUAAAUUAAAAUAAA